UGUAAAUGUAUCCAGAAGUCUGCUGUUAAUGUAUUCAGAUGUCUCCUGUGGACGUAUCCAGAGUUUCAAAAGUUCUUUUCUGGAUGCAUUCAGAGGUCUUCUCUGGAUGUUGUAAACGAUCUACUCCAAUUCUUUCUACAGGUCUGCCUUGAACAGAUGUUAAUGUGUUCGGGAUUUUCUGAUUUAAUGUGAACAAUUAUACUAAUUUUCAUGCAUCUACGAGUCACUGUGUAAAAUUUUAGCCUUUAUUUAAUCUUGAGAACCAGUGUGUCGUAAGAUUAGACUGUCCCUCUUAUCUGACAAACGCCGUCCCAUCGAAACAAGCAUGUCCAGCAAAAGCAGUUGCAUUUCUCACUUCGUCGGAAUUGGAACCGAGUUCGUCCGAGAAUGCAUGUCCUUAUCGCCGUUCUCAUAUUCCUACAUCUCACCUCCCUGAACGCAUCCUACCACUGCGGCAUUCGGAAGCACGACUUCGCCGAACUUGUCUACCACGGCUAUAAGGUCGAAGACGGCCAGUGGCCGUGGCACGGCGCCAUAUUCCACCGGCAACCAAACGCCUCCCCAAGCCUGCAAUACGCAUGCGGUGGAAGCCUUUUAAGCGAGAAGCACCUUCUGACCGCGGCACACUGCGUCGUCAACCGAAACACCAAGCUCCCGUGGCCUACAAACUUCUUCGAGAUCCACCUGGGGCAGCAGAACCUAUCCACCGUCACCGAUCACGUACAGAUCCGGGACGUCCGGAAGCUGGUCGUCCACCCGGAGUAUUCCACGCAUCGGAACGACAUCGCGAUGAUGGUGAUGCGACUGCCGGUCACCUUUACGGACUUUGUGAUUCCGGCCUGCGUGGACCAGAAGGCCGACCGGGACUUGAGGGAUCUGGAGGGACAGCUUGGAUGGGUGGCUGGAUGGGGAACGUCCGAGAUGCGGGACGUGUCGGAUGGGUUGCGAAUGGCGUCCUUCCCGGUGGUGAGUUACCUAAACUGCACCAAGAACGAUGCGGGACUGUUCGGGAGGUUGGUCAGCGAGACCGUAUUCUGCGCCGGUGAUCUGAAUGGGACAAGUCCCGGGACUGGCGACAGCGGUGGAGGUAUGUUUUUUAAUGACGGAGAUCGAUGGGUACUUCGAGGUAUCGUUUCUUUUGCGAAAGUGGACGAGCAGAAGCAGGAAGUUGAUACUUCCAAGUAUGCAGUGUUCGUCAACGUGCAGCGGUACUUGACGUGGAUCAAGGAGGUUAUGGCAGAGGAUGCACCGGAUACCGGACGGGGGAAGCAGCGAAUCAGUGAAAGAGAAUGUGAGAGGUUCAAAAAGCUGGUGAAGAAACGCAGAAACAGGAUUUGUGAAAAUGCCCGACAUCCGCAUACGGUGUUCGUGACCUUUGGAGGGAAUUCAACACAAUUCUGCUCCGGGACUCUAGUCCAUGAACGCCACGUACUCUCAGCUUGCUCCUCCACAAGAUUCGCAACCCCGAGAAUGAUUCAGAUCGAAGGAUAUGGUGAAGUGAACAUCCUGGAUAUAACAUGUCAUCCUCAGUACAACGAAAGUUCCAAGACAAACGAUGUGGCAGUCUUCAAACUGACAGAACCUGUUAAUAUGACGAGCAAUUUUAUACCGGCUUGCAUGGCCAGCAGCUCUACGGAGAAUCUCUACGAUACCCUCGUUCAAACCGCGUUCAUUUGGUACAAGGUCAACGAAACAACCGGUCAGGCAAAGUUCUACGAAUCGGACGAGAAUCACCUGGUUGGGGAGCGACGCUGCCAGCUGUUGGCAGAUGACACCGAAGCACUUUGCGUCAAUAACACGGAUCCACUCAGGACCGAAACGUACGGAAUGCUGGGUUCACCGCUGCAGUCGCUCAACCGUCGUAGCUGCAUGUCCACGAUCGUGGGCGUGAUGAGCUAUUUGGUGAAACAUCCUGACGACCCGGACGGAGAACCCGUGGUCGAUGGAUACAUGAGAGUUGCUCGCUAUCUGGACUGGAUCGAGAGGGUGAUUUGGCCGGAGGAGUUCUUGGAGGCGGAUGAUCGGUCAGGCAUCGGCAUGAGGAGCAGUACUGAUUUAAACAAAGAUUUUGUGUUUCCAGAUUAGCGUUGGAAGAUAUUAUACAUCAUGGUAACCAAGAGCCGCCUGUUUGCUGAAUGCAUUUCUUGUUAACACCAAAUAUAUAUUUUUUACAAAUAACUUAAAAUUAUGAAAUCUUUUUCAAAAAUAAGAUAAAAUAAUCCUUCUCAGUAAAUUUGUUGGGCAUUACAAUACCCUACAACUAAUACUUAUAGAUGUCGGAAAACUGGCUUCUUCAGUCUUUGGUAAUGGUGGUUAUGUUUUGGGGAUUUUUUUAUUAUCGUACAAAUUGGUACCAAGGUUCUCAGAAUUCAAUGAAAUUUAUUUCGCAGGUAGGGUUCAUAUACAGGGUGUUAGGUUCCUGAGUGCAAACUUUUUAAAGGGCGAUAGAGGACCAUAAAUGGUGAAAAAAAUUGUUUUACGUAUAUGGUCAAAUCUCAACCGUUACGUAGUUAUUGAACUUCCCAUGUUUUUACUCUUAUUGACUUAACUGGCUAUAACUUGAGAAUGGUCAAACUUAUCGCAGUUUUUUGACCCUUAUUCGAAAGAUUAUUGAAUUUCCUAUCAAAUGGCAUCUUUGAAUCGAUUUGUUUAGUUAAAUAACUAAGUUUUCUAGAGCAAAUAGCUCAAAAGUAGUGUGUUUCAAUUUGUUUUUGUCAAUUAUCUUUGAAAAAUGCGUUAUAAAUUAAAAUUCUUUCUUUGGCAAAGUUGUGGUCCCUGUUUCACUCUACAGUUCGUUUUUUGACAUCAAACUUCUAUCUCUUAUCGUUUUCUUGCAAUUUCGAUUUAAACGUCGCAUUUCAGAUCAUAAAUUUGCAACUGUCAUGGUAAACACUUUUUUGCGCACUGUGCCGCACAUUUAAAUCAAAAUUGCAAGAAAACGAUAAGAGCUAGAAGUUUGGUGUCAAGGAAUAAAUUGUAGAGUGCAUCAGGGGCACAACUUUGCCAAAGAAAGAAUUUUAAUUGAUUACGUAUGUUUCAAAGAUAAUUGACAGAAACAAAUUAAAACACACUAUUUUUAGCAAUCGAUUCAAAGAUGCCAUUUGAUAGAAAAUUCCAAAAUCUUUCGAAUAAGGGUAAAAAAAAUUGCGAUAAGUUUGACCAUUUUCAAGUUAUAGCCAGUUGAGGCAAUAAUAAUCAAAAACAUGGAAAGUUCAAUAACUACGUAACGGUUGAGAUUUGACCAUAUGCGUAGAACAAUUUUUUUCACCAUUUAUGGUCCUCUAUCACCCUUUAAAAAGGUUGCACUUAUGAA